CUUGUUGCGUUUACCAGCUAACACUAGCCAUGUUUGUUUUUAACCCAGAUGCCUCAUUAAGCUCUUGGCAGCUGGUUUGGUGCAGUGUAACAUCUAGGCUGAGGGCUGUGCAAGGGGAGCAUUAAGUUAAACCAUUUCUGAUAUAUUUAAAAUAUUUCAUCUAUCACUGCUAACGUUAGCCCGCCGCUAGCAGUGCCACAGUUUUGGAGCCAGCUUGUGCCCCUCGUCAAAAAUGGCUCUCAUAGCACUGGAACACUGACUUAGUAUUGCACUAAUAUCACCCCCUUUUUAUUUCGCCAGAUAGCUACAAUCUAUGUGAUGAAUUUUUCUGAAAAGCUUGCUCCAUCAUUAUAUAAAGGUCGUGCAGCUGCAGAGAGGAGAGGAGGCUCAUGAAAAAUAAUGUAAAACAUGUCCUGAGUUAUGCAUUGCCACUGUUCUUCAUGAAAUAUAGAUACAGUUUAUUGUCGCUGCAGUUUACUUUUCAUGGAAAUAAUGGACGAUUCCCAUUUCAACUCAUCAUACUUUUGGUCUCCCAUCCCCACUGUACAAGGACAGAUCGAGAACGCCAUGUUCCUGAACAAGGCAAAAGAGCAGCUAGGUCCAGAAAAGGCCAGUGCUCCCUCCUUCCCUCAUUCCUCUGCAUCCUCCACCUCCACUCCCCACUACCCCACGGCUGUGCUUGCUAUCCCUGGCUCAGUGGACGCAGGGGCUGGGGUACGGGUGGUCCCCAAACAGGAAGGAGGUGGGAGUACUGCAGGAGGAGGAGGCAGUGGCGGCGGAAGUGGCAACACGCCCUUAAGUGCGGUUGGGGGACACCUGCACCAGUCGCACACCUCCCAGAACGUCACCGUUGUGCCUGUUCCUUCAACGGGCAUCAUGACUGCAGCAGGGUUAGUGAUCACCACCCCUCAAGGCACACUGGUCCCCACUGCCUCCACACAGUCAUUUGUAGCUGGACCCCCCACUGCCACCACCAUGAUAGUGUCUGCAGUGCACCCCUCGAGUACAGACAAGAAGGAUGACAUUUCAGUCCCUCCUGCAGUUGUCAUGCCAACACCAUCAAAGCGAGGCAGGAAGAGCAAACAGGUGAUGAACAGAUUAUCUGGAGUGGGCGGGGUCCUCCCUCCAGGAAGUGAUGCAUUAAUAUUGGCACACCUCGCUGCUGGUGGACAGCAUCACACUGCUGACCCAUAUGACCUGUCGAAUGAUGAGGAUGAUCAUACAAACAAAGAUGGCCCCAAAUCCUACAGGUGUCGGAUGUGUGCAGUGACAUUCUUCAGCAAGUCAGACAUGCAGAUCCACGCUAAGUCCCACACCGAGGCCAAGCCCCACAAGUGCCCCCACUGUUCCAAGUCAUUUGCCAACUCCAGCUACCUGUCCCAGCACAUCCGCAUCCACAGCGGGGCCAAGCCCUAUACCUGCACCUAUUGCCAGAAAACAUUCAGACAGCUCAGCCACCUACAGCAGCACACACGAAACCACACUGAGGCCAAGCCCCACAAGUGCCCCCACUGCUCCAAGUCGUUUGCCAACUCCAGCUACCUGUCCCAGCACAUCCGCAUCCAUACCGGGGCCAAGCCCUACACCUGCUCCUACUGCCAGAAAACAUUCAGGCAGCUCAGUCACCUACAGCAGCACACACGGAUUCACACUGGUGACAGACCGUACAAGUGUAACCACCCUGGCUGUGAAAAGGCUUUCACUCAGUUGUCCAACCUACAGUCUCACCGUCGGCAGCACAACAAAGACAAGCCGUACAAGUGCCAUAACUGUAACCGUGGUUACACAGAUGCUGCGAGCCUGGAGGUGCACCUGUCCACACACACCGUCAAACAUGCCAAGCUGUUCUCCUGCGGCCUCUGUAACCGAUCCUACACCUCGGAGACAUAUUUAAUGAAACACAUGAGGAAACACAACCCUGACCCGCUAACAGUGGCAGCAACAGUAGCUGCUCAGCAGGCCCAGGGCCUUACACCAGGUGGAGGAGGGGGCAGGGGCCGAGGCCGUGGCCGAGGGAGAGGAGGAGGUGCAGGCAGAGCGGGGCAGCUCCAAAGCCAGAACAACCCUAACAGUACCAACCAGAACCCUAACCCUGGACCCCCAGGCAGCUACCAGCCACCUCAGCAGCCCACGGAAGCUGUGGUCCCGUGCCCGUUUGACCUGCACCAGUACAAGACAGUGGCAGCCCGUGAGAUCCAGUACAAACCAGUCACUGUGGCGGGCCUGCCCGCGGGCCCCCACCUCACUGUCUCCACAUCAGCUAUACAGGUGGAGCACAUGAACUCGUAGGCGGCGUCUUCCCACUGUAUUUGAUGAAUUACUAAUCGUGUCUGCAAUGUAAACAUGUCCAUGUGAGCAAGUUAUUCAACUGUGUUCAGUGUUCUAGUCUUCCUCAAACAACAUGGCUGAUCCCUUGGAAAUUUUACCACUGUGCUGUCAAGAUGCAAAUAAUAUGGCGUAUUUAUACUUUACUAAAUUUGAACAUGCAUUAAAACACUAGUGGGAUCAGUUUAGAUUCACUCUCCUGUGAUUUUGACUGACAUUAAUUUGGAAGGGGUUGAAAAGGCCAUGUUCAAAGAUACAAGAGAAAUUUAAUUCACCCAAAGGCAUUUGUUUCUUCAUACUAAGAAGCUAUAAUGCUGAAUGCACAUUAAAUUACUUGUUAGAAAACAGAUAUUUUACAGUAUGCUUCUCGAUUCCUGAGCCUACUUGUGCCAAGUAUCUCUCAGUAGAAGUUCUGGUCUAGGACACGGAUAGAGGCAUUUUAUUUUUCAGUUUGGAUCCACAUUCCUCCAAAGCCAAUUUUCUCAAAAGCAUCUUUAGUCUAAUUUCACCUUUUCUCAGAUAUGAGUCAGUGUAAAACACUUAAUACACUGAUCCUGAACCAGCUGUGCUGCUCUGAGGAUACUGGCAAAUGUGGCUCACUGGUGUCCCUACUCUUUUUUAUUGCAUUUUUUGCAAUAGGUGUCACUGGAGGAUGAAGGUGUAAAAUAUCUGUAAAAUGCUAAAAAAAAAAUUACACUAUUCUUUGCAUAUUUGUGAUCUAAAGAAUGGUGUAAUGUUUGAACCCAUUCAGAUCACAGUCCGAACAUUCUCCACUGUUUAGUUCAAGCCGAACAAGGGAGGGAAAGAAGACAAGGAAUCAGUGACGGGACUAGAGAUUCACAGUAGCAACUGAAACAGGACAGUUGUAUUGAUAUGAAUAAGGAGGAAGGACUAAUUUGUUUUGAAUGGGCUGGAAUGACACUACCAAGGUGCCAGAGGCUGGAGGUUGAAGCCUGUGAAAAACACCACAAAGGAAGAGGAGCAGCAGGAGGAUAAGAACAUGGUGCACUGUGGGAUUAGGCUACAGCCUGUGGUUGAAGCUCAAAGCGUUCAUUUUACAACUCAUGAUGUCCUUAUUUACACCCACCUCCCCUCAGACAGCGAGGAGCGCAGAGCCAUGUCUGUGUCGGAGCCCAAAGUGUUGAACUGAAGAGAGAAUGCACUAAAAGUGAGGAACCCAAUGGAAAUGAGAGAGAAGGGGGUGGUGGGGUGGAAGGGGUCAUAAAGAAAGCACUUGAUGAAGCUUGUACUUCACACCUAUGUUUGUCAUCAUUGUACUUUUUUUUAUAUAUCAUAUGUAUGUAUUUUUCUACCAACAGAUGAUCGUGUGAACAAGCUCAGAGAGAAAGCAAAGUGAGUGCAUGAAUGUGAAGGGCACAGAGAGAAGCGUCCUAACAGAGCAUUUUGUCCCACUGUUUUAUUACUGUUCAAAGCAAAAGGCAGUUUACUAUCCUCUAAUGAGUAAAGACAGCUAGUCAUUGUCGCAGUGUUUGUUGGGGAAAUAAUUAUUGUGUGAUAAAAACGGCUGACAGGUACUGUUAUCAAACUUUUUUAAGGAACAUUUCAUACAUAUUAUUACUUUCAUUAUAAAUGUAUUGCAAAUGUUAUCCACAUUAUUAUCAAUCCAGGCAUUAUUGUAUUGCAGUAUGCUGUACAUAAAAUAGAUAGAAGACUUUUUCAUCUGUUACAGGGAAGUAUGUCCUGUGUAAAGCAUAUGUGGAAACUACAGGAAUUCAAAUCAACAAGUACCAAAUCACUGGCUGUGUCCCAGGUCACCUUUAGUGCUGAUGCACCAUGAACACUAGGCUCAGCACUGUCUGCAAAGAAUGAUCAGCUCUGGGCCUAGGAAGUCUGGAAAAGUUGGGUAAAUUGGCCUGUUAUUUGGCUUAUUAGACAAGGAUGUUGUGACACUGCAAAAGUGAACUUGUGCAAUCAGAAAACCAGUUUUUAACACUGAUCGCCUGUGAGAGGUCCUUCAUGCACACUUGUACAAAUGAUCAGGGUGGGAAGCCAUCUAUACUUUAAUGACUAACAUGAAACGAGGUUGUGACUAAGGUGACCCAGGACACUGGUGGCAUGUUUGUGCAGCUCUCUACCCAAUUAAAAUGUUCAAGCAGCCUG